AUGAGCACUUCAGGCAACAGCAUAAUUUACACACUGACUUUCAUCCUAUUGCUGGCUUGUGCUCAGGCCCAGGAUGAAUCCCUCGCCGGCAGUUUUCUCUCCGGCCUACUGGACACGAUAACGAGCACAGCGGAUGCUAAGGAUUGUCCGGGCGUCUGUGUGCACACACUGGCCACGCUCAUCUGCUACGAGGUCCUGGACGAUGUGCCCUGCCCGUCGCCCAGCAUGAAAUGCUGCAUUGAGAAUGCGCCAGGCAAAAAUGCAACUGCUGCCACUGCGCCUAAGAUAACAACAACAACGACGAGCAGCACGACACAGCGAAGCACCACAACAGCAGCCAACACUAGCACCACCAGGCGCAUCGCAACCACAGCUAGCACCACGCCCAAACCGAAGCCAAAGCCGCAGCCGAAGCGACCCCCAACAACAACUGCAGCGCCUACAACCACCACAAGGAAAACCGCCACCACCAAAAAGGCAACCACUGGCAAAUUGAAGGACAAGGAAGAGGCCAGCAAAGUGGAGGAUGAGAAUAAGAACUGUACGGGAGUUUGUGUUGCGGAUCGCAUUGCGGAAUAUUGUGAGGCGUAUUUGACAAGCGGCGGACUUUGCAAGGAGGGCACCAAAUGCUGUGUCUCCCUCGACGAGUACUCCAACGGCAAGCUGCCCAAAGAUAUUUAUAUACCAGCCAAGCACAUGAGCAAUCUGAAGGGUAAUCAAACGUUGGCCAAGACGACAGCUCCAAAAACCAGUAGCACCACCAGCAGCACAUCUACAACCACAACAACCACAAGCACCACACCGGAACCAGCACGCACCAAAACCAAUAACAACAAUCAAAAUAAGCCCACAAAGCACAAGAAACCCACAACGACCACCACAACAACUGAGGCCGCUACUGAGGAGGAUGAGGAGGAGGAAGACGACGAUGAGGAAGAGGUCAGCAAUAAGAACGAAAGCAACAAUAAAAUUAAGGGUCAGGGCCAGGUGCUGAAGGAGUGUGAGGGCGAAUGCAUGAACGGCAUCUUUGCCAUCUUCUGCGACGACAUCGACUCCGAGGCCUUCUGUCCCGGCGAGGGCAGCUGCUGUGUGACGGGCACUGCCUCCGAGGCGCCACCCGCCAAGACGCCACCACCCAGCAAACCGGCCACAAAGAUUGUUGCUAAGCCAGCAGCGAAACCAGCGCGUCCAGCUGCCACAGCAGCACCGCCGCCACCCGCUGCCUCCUCGGGUGGUGGGGAUUUGCUUUCGCAGUUUAUAUCGUUUGCGGAGAGCACACUGAACUCACCGGCACCGCCGCCACCACCACCGCAAGCACCGCCACAGGUGCCUCGCUGUCCUGGCUUCUGUCUGUUAAAUAUUAUGGCAGCCUUCUGUGAACGUCCCUCGAUUCUAGUAUCGCAUCAGACCACCUGCUCGAAGGGUUCCGUCUGUUGUGAUAAUUCGCGUGCUGGUGCGCCCAAGCCAAAGUUGCCGCCACCGACGCCGUCGCCCACGCACCCACCCACAGCACCACCCUAUGUGCUGCCCAAUACACCGAGUCCGGAUCCACGCGAAGAAUGCCCCGGCUCCUGUAUUGUCAGCCUGCUCAGCUUUACGUGCUUCAAAAAUGCCGAGAUGACCGAUCUCUUCAGAUGCAAGCGUUCGGGUCAAAUCUGUUGUGCACCCAAGAGUAAGAUACUCGAGAAGCAACAAUUCCAGACACGCAACGACACCUCGUAUUUCAACUAUCCGGCAAUGGGACCACCGCCACCCUAUCCAGCACAGCUACCACAGCAGCAACAGGCACCACCGCCGCCCUAUCCACCCACCACGUAUAUGGCCAAUCAGCCACAAGGACCACCACAGCAACCACACCACCCGGCACAUGCCUAUCAGCCGGGAUUGCCGCCACCACCGCCACCCAACUAUGCGGAUUACUAUGGACCAGGUCCAGUAGCACAGCCAGCACUGCCGCCAGCUGCACCGCCAACAACGACGACAACCACAACGACGACAACACCACGUCCACAUGUCUAUUCGAAGUACGUGUGUGGUGUCAAAGGUACCCUGCGAACAGGUCGCUCCCGCAGCUCCCCAGCCCUCAACUAUGUCUCGUAUGCUCGGGCCAAGUAUGGAGUCCAGCGUUCCGCGAGACAAUUGGCCUCAUCCUUUGCCGGCAGCAGCAGCAACAUUAACAAGUCCAGCGAGCGACUCGUGCUUGGUUCUGCAAUUGUUCCGAUUCAGAUACACAACGAUAAGCUGGGCGAUCUGGUGGACACCAGUGGCCUGCAAAGCAAUCAGCUGAGAUCCUAUCACGAAGAGCCCGAUCAACUGAAGCAGCUUGAGCAGACUGCCGUAGUUUAUCCCGACUACUAUCAGCGACCCGUCUACAAUCCCAAUUCCAACCAGCUGCAGCUGCAGUCCAACUAUAGCAGGAGGAGGGCGCGUGUGGUGGGUGGCGAGGAUGGUGAGAAUGGUGAGUGGUGCUGGCAGGUGGCGUUGAUCAACUCCCUCAAUCAGUAUCUCUGUGGAGCGGCGCUCAUUGGCACCCAAUGGGUGCUCACAGCCGCACAUUGCGUCACCAACAUUGUGCGCUCUGGGGAUGCGAUCUAUGUGCGCGUGGGUGACUAUGAUUUGACCCGCAAGUAUGGCAGUCCCGGCGCCCAGACUCUCCGCGUAGCCACCACCUACAUACAUCACAACCACAACAGCCAGACGCUGGAUAACGAUAUUGCGCUGCUCAAACUGCACGGCCAGGCGGAGCUGCGAGAUGGAGUCUGUUUGGUCUGCCUGCCGGCUCGAGGUGUUAGUCAUACGGCCGGCAAACGCUGUACGGUCACCGGUUACGGCUACAUGGGCGAAGCUGGUCCCAUUCCACUACGUGUGCGUGAAGCGGAGAUUCCGAUUGUAAGCGAUACGGAGUGCAUACGUAAAGUGAAUGCGGUGACGGAGAAGAUCUUCAUUUUGCCCGCGUCCAGUUUCUGUGCGGGCGGCGAGGAGGGACACGAUGCUUGCCAGGGCGAUGGUGGCGGUCCGUUGGUAUGCCAGGACGAUGGCUUCUUCGAGCUGGCCGGUCUCGUCUCAUGGGGCUUUGGCUGCGGUCGAGUGGAUGUGCCUGGUGUCUAUGUGAAGGUCUCCUCGUUCAUUGGCUGGAUCAAUCAGAUAAUUAGCGUGAAUAACUUAUAGUGCGAU